GAGCGGCACCGGAGCCUCAGAAGAGUCCAGAUGGCGCAAUGGGAGACACUGCAGAAUCUUGACAGCCCGUUUCUGGACCAGCUGCACCAGCUAUACUCUCAAAGCAUCCUGCCAAUGGAUGUUAGACAGCACUUGGCUGCCUGGAUUGAAGACCAGAACUGGCGGGAGGCCUCGCUAGGCAAUGAUCAGUCCAAGGCCAACAUGCUGUACUUCAACAUCCUGGACCAGCUGAACCAGUGGGACCACUCCUCAGACCCUGAUUGCUUUUUAUUGCAGCAUAACUUGCGAAAAUUCAGCCGGGACAUCCAGACCUUUUCUAAUGGCCCUACCCAGCUGGCUGGGAUGAUCUUUAACCUUCUCCUGGAAGAGAAAAGAAUUCUGAAUCAGGCUCAAAGGGCUCAGGAGGUACAAGCCAGGCCAGCUCCUGAAGUGGCAGUGGGAAGCCAGCAGCUUGAGACUGAAUCCCGAAUCCUGGAUUUACAGGCUAGGGUUGAGAUGUUGGUGAGAUCCAUCAGGCAACUGAAAGACCUGCACGACGUCUUCAGCUUCAGAUACACGGUUUUCACUCAAAAGAAGACAUCAUCUUUGGACCCUCAUCAGAAGGAACAGUUCCAGCUUGUACAGACAACAGCCAAUGAACUGGACAGAAUGAGAAAGGAAGUGCUGGAUACGUCCAGAACACUAGUAGGCCGAUUAACCACCCUGGUUGACCUGUUGCUGCCAAAAUUGGAUGAGUGGAAGGUGCAGCAGCAGAAAUCUUGCAUUGGAGCCCCACUGCCAGAGCUGCAGCUGGAACAGCUGGAACAGUGGUUGACGGCUGGAGCAAAGCUCCUGUUCCACCUUCGACAGCUGCUGAGACAGCUGAAGGAAAUGAGCCACAUGCUUAAGUAUGACGGGGACAUGUUCAGCAAAGGGGUGGACCUGCAAAAUGCCCAAGUCACAGAGUUACUACAACGCCUGCUCCAAAGGUCCUUUGUGGUAGAAACCCAGCCCUGCAUGCCCCAAACCCUUCAUCGACCCCUCAUCCUGAAGACUGGGAGCAAGUUCACUGUCCGAACAAGACUGCUGGUGAGACUCCAGGAGGGCAACGAGUCACUCAAAGCAGAGGUCUCCAUUGACAGGAAUUCAGAGUUACCAGGCUUCCGGAAAUUUAACAUUCUGACCUCAAACCAAAAAACCUUGACCCCUGAGGAGGGCCAGAGACAAGGUUUAGUUUGGGACUUUGGCUUCUUGACGCUGGUGGAGCAACGUUCUGUGGGGACAGGAAAGGGCACCAAUAAGGGGCCGCUGGCCGUAAUGGAGGAGUUACAUGUCAUCAGCUUUGUGGUGCAAUACGUGUACCAAGGUCUGAAGAUGGAGCUGCAGACGGACACGCUCCCUGUGGUGAUCAUUUCUAACAUGAACCAGCUCUCCAUUGCCUGGGCCUCAGUUCUCUGGUUCAACAUGCUCAGCCCAACCCCCCAGAACCCCAAAUUCUUCUGCCAUGCUCCUAAAGCCCCCUGGAGCUUGCUGGGGCCUGUUCUCAGUUGGCAAUUCUCCUCGUAUGUUGGCCGAGGCCUCAAUUCUGAGCAGCUGGGCAUGCUGAAGAACAAGCUCUUUGGAAAGAACUGCAGGAUGGAGGAUGCAUUGUUGUCCUGGGUGGACUUCAGUAAGAGAGACAGCCCCCCUGGCAAGAUCCCUUUCUGGACGUGGCUGGACAAAAUUCUGGAGCUGGUCCAUGACCACCUGAAGGAGCUCUGGAAUGAUGGGCACAUCAUGGGCUUUGUGAGCCGGAACCAGGAACGCCGACUGCUGAAGAAGAUGGUCUCUGGGACCUUUCUUCUGCGCUUCAGUGAAACUUCUGAGGGGGGCAUCACUUGCUCUUGGGUGGAGCACCAGGAUGAUGAUAAAGUGAUCAUCUACUCCGUGCAGCCCUACACCAAGGAAGUGCUACAGUCACUCCCACUGACAGAAAUAAUCCGCCACUACCAGGUUCUUGCCGACGAGAACAUCCCUGAGAACCCUUUACGCUUCCUCUAUCCCAGAAUCCCUCGGGAUGAAGCUUUUGGGUGCUACUACCAGGAAAAAGUUAAUUUUGAAGAGCGGAGGAAAUACCUGAAACACAGGCUAAUUGUGGUCUCCAACAGACAGGUGGACGAGCUGCAGCAACCUCCAGAACUUAAACCGGAAGCAGAACUGGAUCCGUUAGAGCUAAAUGAAGAUCUCAUGUCAGCCAUGACGUUAGAACAAGACCUGGAUUUACAGACGCUGCUGGAGGAAGGGCUGGAUCUAGGGACAAAGCUGGAACUAAACCCCACACCGUGUGUGGACCCACAAACAAUGCCAGAGGCAGACCCAGGACCUGCCUCGCAGCUGUCACCAGAGUCAGAUUUACCUCAAGAUCUGCAGCAGCUGAACAUGGUGGAUAUGGAAAUUUUCAGAAACAACAUCAUAAAUAUUGAUGACAUCAUGCCCCACGGUGACCCGCUGUUGGCUGAUCAGAACAUCGGAGACGAAGCCUACAUGUCCUGCCAGAGCCAUUUUGAUGUGGAUGGACCCUUGAUUCCUUCUGAUGACUAGAAGUCUCGUUCCCCUCUGUCCUCCCUACAGUGGGAGAUGAGGCCUUCUGAGCUGGGUUAGCCAUGGACUUUGGAGUAAGAGGUAAAAGUGUAAGAUGGCUUUGAAGGUGCACCAAAGAAUCAGAACAGACACUGGCCGUAGUCUUGCUAGGAUCCUGAGUCUGCCUGCCAUGCUGGGAGAUGCAGGGGUCCUGAGGGCAAGCUAGGACAUUUGAGAGAUUGUUAGAGGAUACCCAAGGCAGUGCUAUCUUUGCAGUAUGGUAAGAUUUUAAUGGUUUGAUGAUUGGUAAGGCCAAAUUGGUGUGACCUUUGUGGGGAGCACAGAGAUGGAUGGAGUUUUGUCCUCCCUCCCCUUUGCUAUCCUGGGUCUUGUCAAAGCCGGACUCUCAACUGUGGCAGGCAACUACACUGGCACUGAGCCAUACCCCAAGUGCUUUAGUCCUGUCUAAUGGCCACUUCAGGUCUAACUAACCCUUUCCUUUUCUUCUCCCUUGGCUCCCGACUCCAAUUCUAAAUCUCCUUUUUCCCUGUAGAGGCUGAGAGCUGUCUGCUUCAGCCCACCAUGUGAACUCUAUCCUAAGGAUGAGCAUGGCAAAUAGUAUUCCUCCUAGUGGUCUCCAGCCCUGCUCACCCCUCCCCUACACAACAAUCCUGGUCCCUUAGGAAGAUGUGAAGCUUUGCUGCCUUAGGCAGUCUCGCCUCUACUUCUCCAGUUCUUGAGAGAAUCACUCCUGUAGGUCUGGGUGCUCAGGUUUCUGAGCACUGGGAAUUUCUUCUUAUAGUACUGGGUAGAAUUGAGUGAAGAGACAUGCUGCAUCCGGGCUGUCUUACUAAUAAGUUGUCACUCUUUUGUACAUCGUUAAUGUGAAAGCCAAGCGUGUCCCCUUAGGCGUGACCCGGGCAAGGACCUCAGAGCCAUGAAGGUUUAUCAGAGGCCUCUGGACAUCCUUAAGCCUUGCCCAGGCCAGGGAACCCGGGAGCAACUGCCACUACUCUGAGGUGUGUUUGUGGUACAACUUGAGUGGCAAAUGAACAUGAGCCAUACUGUGACUGUU